UUCUUUAUUGCUUCCUCCUUUGUUUGAUGGAUUGGCAGCAAGGUGAGAAGAGCGCCUUCUGUAUUUCUGUCUUUCGAUCUUUUGACCCCGCCCGCCCCCAACCAACCCUCGCAGCUGGCGGCAGCGCGUGACCGACGAGCCUCCGCCGCGCGCCAGGGUUCUCCAGCCUCUCUGUCUCGUCUCCGGCCCCCGCGCCCGCCGCGCGCCCCGCUCUAAAGUAAACACCGAGGAGCGGCGGCGGCCCGACGGGUGCAGCGCCGCCGCCCGCUCCCUGCCUGAGUGCGGCGGGCGCGGGUCUGCGCCAUGGCCGAGGAUGUGCCAGCCUCCCCGUCGGGCGGCGUGGGCACCCGGGGCGUGCACGGCGGCAUCAUCCAGUGGUUGGUUGACAAUUUCUGUAUUUGUGAAGGGUACAGUGUACCUCGUUGCCUGAUGUAUGAGAUUUAUGUGGAGACCUGUGGUCACAAUGCUCAGACCCAAGUCAAUCCAGCCACAUUUGGGAAGCUUGUGCGUUUGGUUUUUCCUGAUCUUGGUACCCGGAGGCUAGGCACGAGAGGAAGUGCCAGGUAUCAUUAUGAUGGAAUCUGUAUCAAGAGAAGUUCUUUCUUCUAUGCCCAGUAUUGCUACCUUCUGGGUGAAAAAAGGGAUCACAGUGGAGAUAUCAUUGCCUUUGAAAAAUCUACUAACUAUAACAGCAUUAUCCAACAAGAAGGAACAUGUGAAAAUCGUUCACCGAUAAAGACAGACCCCAUUGGAUCCCCUUUGUCUGAAUUCAGGAGAUGUCCAUUCUGGGAGCAAGAACUGGCAAAUAAGUACUCCUACAAAAUGAUGGCCUUUCUUGCUGAUGAAUACUACAACUAUUGCCAAGAGAUUUUACAAAACGUGAGGAACCAAGAACUUGAGAGGGUGGAGGACUUGCUCACUUCUUUCUGGAAAUCUCUGCAGCAAGACACAGUCAUGCUUAUGUCAUUGCCCAAUGUGUGCCAGCUCUUUAAAUGCUACGAUGUGCAGCUGUACAAGGGAAUUGAGGACGUUCUCCUUCAUGACUUUUUGGAAGAUGUUUCUAUUCAGUACCUGAAAUCUGUCCGGUUAUUUAGUAAGAAAUUUAAGCUGUGGCUACUUAAUGCUUUGGAAGGGUUUCCCGCCCUCGUGCAGAUCUCUAAACUCAAAGAAGUUACUGUGUUUGUCAAAAGACUAAGAAGAAAGACAUACCUUUCCAACAUGGCGAAGACUAUGAGAAUGGUAUUGAAAAACAACAAGAGGGUCAAUGUUUUGAAGUCGGAUCUACAUGCCAUCAUCAAUCAAGGUGCUUUGGACACUUCUAAGAAAGCCCCGCCGAGUAACCCGUGCAGCACGGCUGACCUGGAGACGCACACGGAGAUGCAAUGUUUAAGCAGUUUGAUUUCUUUGCUGGGGACAUCCACAGACCUCAGUGUAUUCCUGAAUUGUCUGUCUUCAAAUCUUCAAGCAUUUGUCUUCCAGCCAAGCAGAAACAAAGAAGAGUUUAUCAAAUUGGCCGCCAGCUUCCAGCUGAGAUGGAAUUUCCUUCUUACCACUGUGAGCAAAGCCAUGACCCUCUGCCACAGAGAUAGUUUUGGCUCCUGGCAUCUGUUUCAUUUGCUGCUUCUGGAAUAUGUGAUUCAUAUACUUCAGUCAUGCAUAGAAGAGGAAGAGGAUGACGAUGAUGUGGAAAAUCUCAAGGAAAUGCUACCAGAUGACCAGUCUCUUGUCCAGCCAGACCAGGCAACCUUCCACCCUCCAGAUUCUUCACCAGCCCUGGCGUAUGACAGCCCACAUAUGGAUCCACAUCGGGUGAUGCUGAAACACAUAGGCCAGAGCCGAUGUCCUGUGGGUGUGAACAGUGUGUUUCUCAGGGUCCUGGGCUUCCUGGUGGACACUGACACGGGUGAUAAGCUCAUCCAGAUAUUGUUGGAGGACAAGGCCACUGAAAGCACCUUCAAACUCAGCCUUCCUGUGGGACAAGAGGCCCUGGUAACUCUAAAAGAUGGACAAAAAUUUGUAAUUCAUGUAUCAGAUGUACCCCAAAGCUCUGAAAAUAUUUUUUUCAGGGAAAGCAACGCUAAUAUAUAAGAUCAUUUCUUAGAAUAGGACAUGAGAAAACAUAGAUUUUCACUCUUAAAAAUAUAUUAAGUGCUAAAGCUUUUGUAUUGAUGAGAAAGAAGAUUUUAUGUACAUAAUAGAGGUAGCAUUGUCUAUUUUGGGUUUAUAUGUAUUUCAAGCAGUUAGUUUAGGUGAAUCAUAUAAACUGAUUUGGAGAAUA